CUACGAGCUAGGGCCAGCGCAACACAAGCAUAGACGAUCAUGGUCGACCAGUCUGAAGCAGAGACGGUCAAGGCCGACUCGCCUACCGAGCCUGCCGGGGCCAAGCUGGGAAAGCGUAAGGGAAGGGAGGAAAGCGAGUCAUCGUCGAGCGAUGAGAGCAGCUCGGACGACGAGGACUCAAGCGAUGAGGAGAGCUCGUCAGACAGUGAUAGCGACAGCAGCAGCGAUGAUGGGAAGCCGCCUGCGAAGAAGGUUGCCAAGGAGGACAAGAAGGAGGAUCCCUCUUCUGAUGAGGAGAGCAGCAGCGAGAGCAGCGAUGAGUCGGACAGUGAUUCGAGCAGCUCGUCCUCGUCUUCAUCGUCAAGCUCCAGCUCCGACGAUGAAGACAGCAGCAGUAGCGAUGAGGAAUCCUCGAGCGAUGAAUCUGACUCGGACUCGGAUUCGAGUUCAAGCUCAUCCAGCAGCUCUGGCUCCUCCUCGUCCUCGUCCUCCUCGUCUUCAUCUUCAUCAAGCAGCAGCAACAGCGACACCGACGGCAAGAAGAAGAACAAGAAGAUCCUCUCGACGCCCGCAGCCAUCACCACGGCCAAGAUCGUACCAGUCGCACCUGUAGACGAAUCAGCCGCCUCAUCUCCCACCUCAUUCGUCUCCGCCCCCACUACACCUUUCAAGCCCCUCAGCAGCAACGACGGCCCUGCAUCCUCCACCCCUCCCCCUUCGGCAGGUCCACCGGCAAAGGGACGCCGCUCCAUUGGUGUUCCCUUCCAACGUGUGAAGUCGGACGGCGUCAACCUCCUCGAUGCCGGUCUGCGCGACAUGAGCUAUGAUGGCAAGCCUAUGGCCGCCGGCGGGUGGGGAGCGAAGGCCAGUGCGGAUCUGAUCGUGACCAGAGGAAAGGGCUUCACGAAGGAGAAGAACAAGAAGAAGAAGGGCUCUUACUCGGGAGGGAUGAUCGAUCAGGGGAGUCAUUCGUACAAGUUCCCAGAGUAGCGGCAAGGGAAGGCAAUUAGAUCUGAGAGGCCGUGUUGGCAGCAGCGGCGGGCGAGGGACGGUCGCACCGCAUCCUUCAUGAUGAUGGGUGUAGCAGCCGACCUUUUCCUUUCCCUUCGAUAUCUCGCUUGUUCCCUGCUCAAUCACGCUGAUCGCCCACCUCGUAUCAUACGCCCACUUCGUAUCAUAUCUGCAAUCGCGAAACCUCGUUAUGAUCUCAGAGCCGAUCGACCUCUAUCAGCUCCCCU